UUUUGAAAAAAGUUGAAAAAUAUCGAAAAAUAUUUUUUUAAAAAACGUGUGCAUCGUGGAGUGUUUGUGUUUAAAAAAAUAUUCAAUGGAUACAUAUAGAUCUUUUAGUAUUUGUCAAAGAGAAAUGCGUAAAAAUCAUUAAAAUAUAUAGAAUAUUUAAAAAUAUUGCAUCAAGUGUUUAAGUGGGUUGCCACAGAAAUUGCCGUGAAUCAUGGCACGUUUUUUAUUUUAUUUAGUUGCAGCUGCUAUAAUUUCAGUUAGUGCUGCAGUCUAUGAGGAUUGUGAAAGGCCACCCAGUGUCCAAAAUGCUAAUAUAAAAAUUGAAGAUGAAGAAGACACAAUUCGUGCCAUCUACAGUUGUCAAACUGGUUUCGAAUUACGUGGACCCCAUGAAUUAGUUUGUGAUCUUGAUACCGAUGAAUGGAAUACCAAUCCACCGGAAUGCGUACGCACACAACGAUCCAAUGAAGUAGAUGAAGAAGAUACAGAAGAUGCUGCCGCAAAGGCAAAAAGAAAGAAGCAACAAGAAAUUCUAGAAGAUCGUAUGGUUUCACCAGCUUUAGCAUCAACUCUGGACAUGAGUUGUGUACAGGCUAAGGUAAAGGCUCCCGAAAUUAGACAUGGUUAUGUACAGAAAUACGAUAGAAGGAGACGAGGCGAUAAAGUAUUUUUGGCUGCUUUCUAUGCCUGUAAUGAUAAUUUCGAAUUUGAAGAUUCCGAAAUAAAUACAUUGUACUGUAGUGAACGUAAAUGGGUGGGUGAAUUGCCGGUGUGUAUAGCAUUGGGUGAAUACACCGAGGGUGAUGAAGAUGAAUACGAAGAAUAUGAAACCGGUGAAGAGGAAGCUGAAGAAGAAAAUGUAGCUUUACCACCACCCCCUCCACCAACUCAACCACAAACUUCAGAACAUGAGCCCGAAGAAAUUAGCAACGAAAUCCCAACUAGGGAAAGAGAACACACUGAAUACCAUGAAUCAUCCGAAGUUACGAAUAAAAUCGCCGAAACAUCACAUCACGAAGAGACGGAGGCAGUAACUGAGUUGCCUGCAGUAGUAGAACCCACACCAGAUCCGUACGCACCUCGUGUAUUGGACUACAACUGUGGCCCCGAUAAUGGUGGUUGCGAUCAAAAAUGUGAACGUGUGUUGUUUCCCGGUGAAAAUGAACCACGUAUACAGUGUUCUUGUUCUCAAGGAUUCAGUUUGGAUCCUUACGAUUAUUCUACUUGUCAUGACAUUGAUGAAUGUGCCAUUAAAAAUGGUGGCUGCGAACAGCUGUGCCAAAACUUACCUGGCUCUUUUCAAUGUACUUGUGAAAGUGGCCUUCAAAUUGAUACACUUACUGGCAACACUUGCAUUGACAUUAAUGAGUGCCUUUUACGCAAUGGCCAUGGCCCCUGUCAGGAUACUUGUCACAACAUUUGGUCUAGCUAUAGAUGUUCUUGUGAUAACUUACCCGGUACUCAAUUAUCACCUGAUAAUCAUACCUGUGUCGAUAAUGGUGAAUGUUUACAUAAUAAUGGGGGUUGCUCUCAUACAUGUCUCUCUUCGAUGGGUCGUAUUUUUUGCUUAUGUCCAUCAGGAUAUCGUAUGUCGGAAGAUGAUAAAACUUGUAAAGAUAUUAACGAAUGUGAAUUACCCGAAGUUGCUGCCGAAUGCCGUGAUGGUUGCGAAAAUACACACGGAUCUUAUCGCUGUAUUGUACCACUCAACAGUCGUGAAGAUGUUGAAGAACACAGUGAAAACUCUGCCGGCAUUAUUAGAACCUCAGAGGUGCUGGAAUGCAGUGAAGGCUAUAGAGCCGAAGAGGGCAAAUGUGUUGAUAUUGAUGAGUGCACUGAAGGUACUAGCGGUUGUGAAAUGUGUGUAAAUAUUGAGGGUGGUUACGAAUGCACCUGUCCAGCUGGAUUCGAUUUAGCAGAUGACGAAAAGACCUGUGUCGAUAUCGAUGAAUGUGCCAUUGUUUCGGAAGAAGGCGAAUAUGAAGCAUCUUACAAAUUGUGUUCACAUGAUUGUAAAAAUACAAUUGGUUCCUUCCAGUGUGGUUGCCCAGAACGUUUUCAUUUGUCGAGUGAUCGCCGCACUUGUGUGGUAGAUACCUGCAAUGAUUUACAAAAUCCCGAUUUGAAUAAAACUCGUUGUGCGUAUGAUUGUGUAGACUUGGUUAGUGGUUCUUACCACUGCUUGUGCCCUGAAGGUUAUGCCUUAACCGAGGAUGGUUACAAUUGUGUAGAAAUGACCGAUAUUUGUGCUGAGCAUGCUGAAGCCUGUGCUCCUGGUAUCUGUCAACCCAGUGAAGAUAGAACCACAUUUUCUUGCAUUUGUCCUUUAGGUUAUGAAGAAGUUAACUCGAAAUGUGUGGAUAUAGAUGAAUGCUCCAGAGGAGUACAUAAAUGUUCAUAUGAAUGUGUAAAUACCGAAGGCAAUUAUCACUGCUUAUGUCCAAGUGGUUUCCGCUUUGCCGAGGGCAGUGAAUACGAAUGUGAGGAUAUAGAUGAAUGCGAGGAACAAGAAGGUGUUUGUGGUGCUUUACAAUGCAUAAAUCUACCCGCCACUUUUAACUGUAUUUGUCCUGACGGCCGUGAGCCAAAUGAAGAAGGGGCCUGCCCUAAUAUGGUUGAAGAUCCUUGUGGGGCUCACCAAUGUUCCCACGAAUGUUUGCCCGAGGGUGAGAGCUUCCGUUGCGCCUGUCCUGGCAAUAUGACACUCGACGAGUCGGGUGUUAAUUGUAUAGUAGCUGAUAUGUGUGCCAUCAAUAAGAAUGGCUGUGAACAAAUCUGCAAAUCCGAGGAAGGUGGUAUUUGUGGAUGUUUUGAUGGAUUUGUCUUAGAUGUCAAUGGCAAAUCGUGCAUUGAUAUAGAUGAAUGUCAAAUCAAUAACGGCGGUUGCCAUCAAUUAUGUACCAACUUUGCAGGUGGGUUUAAGUGUUCGUGUCAAGCAGGGUUUGAGUUCCUGGAGGGAGCUUUAAAAGACUACUGCUUUGAUAUCGACGAAUGCACUACGGGUUUACAUACAUGUCAUGGCGAUAUGAUUUGUGAAAAUCUAAAUGGUUCAUUUACUUGCUUAUGUCCACCCGGUUAUGCUCUGGGUUUGUCCGCCAAUCUCGCUGUAAAUAUCAUUCCAUUGUCAUCUACUCUUCAGGGACAUAACGAAAAUUCAUUUCAUAAUUCUUACAAUUCUUCAUCCUCAUCAUCAGUUCCAUUAUCACCAGCUUCUCCUGUGUGCUUAGACGUUGAUGAGUGUUCCAUUGACAAUGGUCAGUGUACUCAUUUCUGCAUGAAUUUACCCGGAAGCUAUGAGUGUUCAUGUCCACCCGGGCAUCUGUUGAAUGCUAGCGAUAAUAAAACUUGUAUCUUGGUGGAUGUAUGUCUGCAAAAUAAUGGUGGCUGCUCUCAUGCUUGCAACAAUAUGAACGGCCAGGCGGAGUGCUCUUGUCGGAGUGGCUAUCGUUUACAUCCUGAUGGCAAAACAUGCUUGGAUAACGAUGAAUGCUUUCUCACUAACGGUGGUUGUGAUCAUAUUUGUCAUAAUAGCGCUGGCAGUUAUGCCUGUUCAUGUCGCACUGGUUUCAUACUUUCAUCCAAUGGUCAUAGUUGUCUCGACAUCGAUGAAUGUUUUGAUGGUCUGGCGAAUUGUAGUUCUAUUUGUGAAAAUCUUCUAGGUUCUUAUGCUUGUACCUGUGAGGCUGGUUUUGAGUUGGCUGACGAUCAAAAGACUUGUUUGGAUGUGGACGAAUGUGCAUUGGGACGUCAUGACUGUUCUCAUGAAUGUGUUAAUGUAGAUGGCGGCUUUCAGUGUACCUGUCCUCAGGGUUACUAUUUGGGAGAGACUCGUUCAGUGUGCCUCGAUAUAGACGAAUGUAUUGUAACUGAUCAUGGUUGCAGUCAUAAUUGUUAUAACACCCAGGGUUCUUACAUAUGUGCCUGUCCUGAUGGUUUUACACUCUCGACUGAUGGUAAAAAAUGUUUAGGUGGUCAUUGCGAUACAGAUAAUGGUGGCUGCUCUCACUUGUGUGAUCCAGAAAAGGGCUGCACCUGUCCUCUAGGUUGGACUUUGGGAGCUGAUGGAAAAACUUGUGAAGACAUUGACGAAUGUUUAGAUCAAAAUGGUUAUUGUUUGCAUAAAUGCCACAAUACACUUGGUUCCUUUGAAUGUCGUUGCCCUGAUGGUUCUAAACCUGCUCAUGGUGAAGACGCUUGUCCUAUAACUUGUCCCGCUGGUUUCACCUUCAGCCGUGAUGAUCCCUCAAAGUGUGAGGAUAUCGAUGAAUGUUCCCUGCCGGGUGUUUGUCAAUAUGAUUGUCGUAAUACUAAUGGUUCCUAUGAGUGUCUCUGUCCCAGGGGUUAUAGACUGGAGAAUGGACGUGAGUGUGUGGACAUCGAUGAGUGUUUGGAAAAUAAUGGCGGCUGUUUGGGAGGUUCAUGCUUUAAUCAUAAUGGUGGUUUCGAGUGUAAAUGUCCCUUGGGUUAUAGCUUGGCUAGCGAUAGAAAAACUUGUGAAAAGCGUGUGGAAUCCCGUGAUCAAUGUCAGCCCUUUGAAGCGCCAGCAAAUGGAGAAAUCCACUGCACUAAAUACCGUCACAAGAAGAAACGUUUUUAUAACACCAAAUGUAAGGUAUGGUGCAAUCAAGGUUAUCGUCUAGAAGGACCCAGCCAUAGGCAUUGUAAUGCUUCCGGCCAGUGGGAUGAUCAUGAGAAUAAAUGUUUGCCAAUUGUAUGCCCACGUAUUCCAACGCCAAGAAAUGGUGUCAUGUUACCGCAAUCAUGUUCUUUGGGUUCAACAUAUAUGGGCGAACAAUGUCGCCUUAAGUGUAACGCUGGCUUUGUGCCAGUGGGAAAAUCAGUAGCUAUCUGCACCUCACAAAUGAAAUGGUCCUAUGAGGGUGCAUUUGAGUGUGUGCCAAUGCAUAUCGACACACGACUAGAUGCCACAAAUGAUUUUACACCUUCCUUUAUGCCAACUCUACACAAACAACCAUUGCCCAGCAUACAGACUACGUACCAAACACGUCCUUUGCCCAAUUUUGCCUGGAAGCCACCCACAUUUGGAGGUGCUGGCGCUGUUGCUGGAACUGGUGUUCAGAGACCCUACAUUAAAUGUCCUCGUAACACCACCGUAUUUUUGGCCAAUGGUGAACGUACUACUCAUAUUAUCUUAGAGAAACCAGUUACCAAUUUGGAUUAUCGAUAUAUUGAAUCAUCCCCUGCCUGGACUCGUGAUUUGCAAGCUCAUUUAGGACCUGGCAGCUAUAAUGUAGUAUUCCGUGGUCAUGAUCCAAUUACAGGCAGAAAAGCCCGUUGUAAAACUGUUAUAAAUGUAAGACAUGCCGAAGGACCAAACAUUGUUUUCUGCACAUCAUCAUUUGAGGUACAAUUGGCUGAAAAUCAAGCUUAUCGCUCCGUAGUAUGGGAAGAACCUAGAUUCGAAAGCAAAUAUGGUUUAAAGAAAAUCUACAAAUCUAGGAUUCCUGGUGAAUUAUUUGGUGUCGGAGUGCACACUGUCUUUUACGAGGCCACCAAUGAUGAUGGUUUAACUGCGAAAUGUGAAUUUAAAAUCAAUGUUAAAGAAGCCAAUCCCUCUAAAAAGCUACCUAUGCCUUCCAUCAAUCUUACCCCCAAUAAAGCCGAUUCCUCUUCAAGUGUUAGCAAUAACUUAAAAUAUACCAAUGGUCUACAUCCAGUUAACAUGGUGUCACCACCGGUUUCUCAUACAGUAAUGGCGCCCGUUACUCACACCGCCAUGUCAUCUGUUGGCCAUAACGUCAUGUCGCCUGUUACCCACAACGCUAUGUCACCUGUCUCUCAUCCCUCUAUGAUUAGUGCUCAACUUUUGCCUGGCCAUGAAUCGUUUAUAAUUUGCCCUGGCCAAAAACCUGUUAAGGUCACACAUGCCCAAUCUGUCGAUUUGCCUCCCAAUUGUUACUUGAAGAAUGUACGUCUCAAUCCGUUCCGCCAGUUUAUGUCUCAACGCCUAAUGCCUAGACUUUGGAACUCAUAUUAUUAUUAAUAUUUACUAGCAGUUUAUAUAAGUUUCCAAUUUGUAUUUUUUGUAAAGAUCCCUUAAGAGAAUUUGCAUUUGUAAAUUAUAAGAUUUUUC